AUGUCAAACUGCAAAGUUGGGCCUCAAUUUCCCACAUGGCUUCGAGCACAGAGGAACGUUCAUGUGCUGGAUUUGUCUAAUGCAAACAUAUUGGAUAUCAUCCCCCAUUGGUUUUACGACAUCUCUUUUAACAUCGAGAUCCUGUAUCUGUCUAGCAAUGAGUUGAGUGGAGAAAUUUCUUUGUGCACUAUGAAGUCCUUACAAGGCUUGGACCUCUCAAAUAACAAACUGUCUGGGACAUUUCCAGAGUGUUGGAAAAGGUUACGUCAACUGGAAGGAGUAAACUUGGGGAACAACCAGUUUAGUGGCCUGGUUCCAAUAUCCUUAUGCUCUAUGAAAGAGCUGACCUUUCUGGGGCUACACGGCAAUGCCUUCAGUGGGAGUAUCCCCAAAUGCUUAAGCACUAUUACUGAUCUUGAUGUGCUUGAUCUGAGUGGAAAUAAAUUGGCUAGUCGAAUCCCUUCCUGGAUUGGUCGCAUGGUUCAGCUCAAGGUGUUGAAUCUUGAGUUUAAUUCCUUCUAUGGGGAGAUUCCUAUGAGCAUAUGCAAACUCAAACACCUUCGAGUUUUAAACCUUGCGCACAACAACCUCUCUGGAAGCAUCCCCCUUUGCUUUGACAACUUCAUCGCCAUGUCCAACCCAGUGCUCAUUAUUGUGAUAGACCAUUAUGAGUUUGGAGUUGAGGCUCAUCUAAAGAGCAUAACCCAAGUAUACACCAUAGCACUUCGGUAUCUUUUCUCCAUUGACCUUUCAAAUAACAGAUUAAAUGGAGAUAUUCCGACUGGGUUGACACGGCUCUACAAUCUUCAAAAUCUGAACCUGUCACAGAAUGAUCUUUGGGGAGGAAUCCCUCCAGAGAUUGCCGAUUUGAAGAAUCUGGAGUCCCUUGAUUUGUCCAUAAACCAACUCUCAGGCCCAAUACCACGGAGCUUAUCCGAAUUAAGCUUUCUGAGUUACUUGAACUUGUCGUUUGAUCAACUGUCCGGUCCCAUUCCCUCCGGUGCCCAGCUGAGUACAUUUACAAAUGAAUCAUAUCUUGGGAAUGGUGCACUCUGCGGGCCUCCACUAUUCUAG